AUGGGCAACUGCAAUUGCCCAGUGGUGGUUCGACAGCCCCGAGACAAGUUCACCAAGCUCGACAACCUUCAAGAAUGCCACGGCGACCAAAACUCCGAGGGCCCGCUCCACGGGAAGGAGGACUUCGUGAACGAGGUUGCUACGGCGAACUCGGCGGGCAAGCAGCUCCACGUCUGGCCCCCGCGCUCUAGCAGUGGUGACAGUGAUGUGGAGUCGGAGACCGAGGAGCCAAAGCAAAUCCAGCGUCCCCGGCGAGGCGCCGUCUUUGCAGAGCAGAUGCAGAGCACAGGCUACUACAAGGAGCCUUACUGGAACAAGCACGUGGCCUGGGAGAACCAACUUUUUGUGGCCCUGUCGGCCUGUCCAAUCUUCCAGCAGUUCACGGACGUGGAGAUCACCAAGUUCGUCCGAGCGAUGGAGAUCCACUUGCGCUAUGCCGGCGAGCCACUGUGCCAAGAGGGCGAAGCAGGUGAUGGUCUCUUCGUGGUGCUCAUGGGAACGAUCUCUUGCUACAAGGGCAGCCAGCUUUGCACCAUCAAACCCCCGGGCUCGCUCAUCGACGAGGCUUCUGUGCUGUAUAGCUACCCAAGGCACUACUUCAUGAAGGCCCAGGGCGAGUGUGUGAUGGCCAAGCUUUGCCGCAAAGAUUAUGUGGACCUUGGCACGCGCUUCCAGUUCUACGCGCGGGAGAAGUACAAGAGCCUCCUGAUGGAAACCAAAGUGCCGCUCUCCCAGGAUUUUGGAGAGCCCAAGUGCAAGAAAGAGCU